AUGCCGGCCUUAAAAGCUGGAAGCCGGCCACCAUGGGUGGGUAUUGCCGCCGCUGUUUGGGUCCAGAUGGCCUCCGGCAACGCCUAUGCCUUCCCUCUUUAUUCUCACACUCUGAAAUCUGUACUGGGUCUCUCUCAGCAACAGCUUACCAUUCUCGGUGUUGCUAAUGAUAUCGGAGAAAAUGUUGGUAUACUUCCGGGCAUCGCAUCUAAUAAGCACCCACCGUGGGUUGUUCUUUUGGUCGGUGUUCUUGCUUCUUUCUUCGGUUAUGGUGUCAUUUGGCUUGCUAUCACUGAGACUGUUCACAACAUACCUUACUGGGUUUUAACGUAUCUUGAUUGCAUGCGUUUCUGCUUAAUUAUAAUAUUCAUUUUAUCCCACAUUGCUAAGAAGUUGGAUUCAUAUAAUACUCCUCGACCUAAGUUAUGGUUUAGUCAACGUUGUAACAAGUUAAUCCAACUAUCCAGAAUGGGUAGUUGA